AUGCAACUUUUGAAGCAAAUGAUGAUGACUUUCAAGAAACGUCGUUGCUUAGAAAAGAACGUCCAUACUACUUUGAAAGCUGUUAAAGAAGACACAUCUGCUCCUGAUUUCUCAAAUCUAUACCUGCAGGCAAUAACGAUACGUGUGUUCAAGAUCCGUACUUCUGCUCCUGUCAAGGCCUCCAAGAAAUAUCAAGACAAGGUUGAUAAGACCGAAGCGCUUAAAAAGGAGAAAGAAAAGAACAAGGCGACAGGUACUGAGCAAAAACAAGUACGAUGUACUUCUUGUGGUGGAACCGAUCACUCUCGCUCCUUCAGCAAAUUGUGUCCUAUGAAUAAAUCAAAAACGGAGUUUCCAAAGCCCAGGGAUACCAUCGAGAAAACUUCUAUAACCAAGGAAUCUUUGGCUAAUACUUGCAGAUAUCCCAAGUUCGUUACCCUGAUUCAAGAAGUAAUUGACCAUGUCACUCAAUUGGUAUACACUGGAUCCAUCUUUGCUAAUUACUAUCUCUUGGGGCUUCUCACAUGCCUCUGA